CCCCCUUCAACUAAUAAUCCACUUUAUAUUUUUGUUCAACCUUCUUCUCUUUAUAUAUAUAAUUUUAUCAUCACACGAAUUUCGAUCAUUCAAGUCUUUCUUAAUUAGGAGAUUUCUUCUUCAUUCUUAACUGUAUGAGCUUUGCAAGUUUUCAGUAACUUUUACUUUUCAAAAUUUAUUUUUCUGGCCAAGUAAAGCAUCUUCUAUCUCUGAUUCUACGUCUUCCUUUGUUGCUUCCUCUGAGAACUUCUUGUGGAGUUUCUGGAACAAAAAUUUAUAUUGCUAAAUUAGCAGUUAGUCCACAGGAUCGCAACUAUGGUCAACAAUAUUGCAAAGUCAUCACUUCACAAUUUCUUCCACAAAAGUAAUAAAGCACCAGUUGUAGAUUGUGAAGCUGAAAGCUUUUUGAAGGAUUAUUACAUUCCAGAUUACAUACUACUACCUCUACCUGAAAUAAAUAUACAGAUUGACUAUGACGACAUAGCUUCUUGUCCUGUACUUGUAUUCAUCAACUCCAAAAGUGGUGGUCAACUAGGGGGCCAACUUCUUUUGACAUACCGUACUCUUCUUAACCAAAAUCAGGUGUUUGAUUUGGGAGAAAAGGCACCUGACAAGGUUCUACAUCAAUUUUACUCCAAUUUAGAAAAGCAUAAGCAAAAUGGAGAUAGCUUGUCACAUGAAAUUGAAAGGAGAUUGAGAAUCAUUGUAGCAGGUGGGGAUGGAACAGCAGGGUGGAUUCUUGGUGUUGUUUCAGAUCUUAAAUUGGUUCAUCCACCUCCAAUUGCAACUGUGCCAUUAGGAACUGGAAACAAUCUACCUUUUGCCUUUGGCUGGGGGAAAAAGAAUCCCGGUACUAGUUGCCAGUCAGUGAAGUCAUUCCUGAGUCAAGUGAAAAAUGGAAAAGAAAUGAAAGUUGACAGCUGGCAUAUUCUUAUGAGAAUGAAGGCUCCAAAAGAAGGUUCUUGUGUUCCUAUUGCACCUCUUGAGCUACCACAUUCAUUGCAUGCUUUUCACCAUGUGUCUCGAGUUGAUACUUUGAACAAGGAACACCAUCAUAUAUUUCGAGGAGGAUUUUGGAACUACUUCAGCAUAGGAAUGGAUGCUCAAGUUUCAUAUGCAUUUCACAGCGAGAGGAAGCUACAUCCAGAAAAGUUCAGGCACCAGUUAGUUAAUCAGAGAACUUAUGGAAAGCUUGUAUGUAAACAAGGAUGGUUUUGCACUUCUUUCGGGCAUCAAUCUUCAAGCAUUAGGUCUAUCGUCUGCCUUAAUUUGCCCAGCUUUUCUGGAGGACUUAAUCCUUGGGGAAAACCUAACAAGAAGAAGCUGCAUGAAAGGGACCUUACUCCUCCAUAUGUUGAUGAUGGUAUGCUUGAGGUUGUUGGUUUCCGAGAUGCUUGGCAUGGACUUAUUCUGUUUACUCCAGGAGGACAUGGGACGCGUCUUGCACAGGCGAACAGAAUUCAAUUUGAGUUUCAGAAGGGUGCAACUGAGCAUACAUUUAUGAGGAUGGACGGGGAACCAUGGAAGCAACGCCUUCCCACGGAUGAUGACACGGAGGUCAUAGAAAUAUCCCAUUUUGGUCAAGUGAACAUGCUCGCCAGUCCACCUUGCCGAUCCAGAAGUAUCAAUGCGCCUACCUCAGAUCACUUUCAGGAGGAAGAGAAAGACAACAAUCAUGAAAAAGAUUUUGAAGACGACUCAGAAGAGAGGAGAAAGUUGGGUGCAGCUGACACUUUCCGGAUACCAGAUGGUUUUGACAUAACACGUCUCUAGUUAGGUGUUUUGAAGGUCUUGGUGGAUAAAGUUAUCCGAUACUUCCGCUGAUAGGAGGUAGGAUGUACCAGAUAAAAUAGUCGAGGUAUGAACACGCUCGCCGGGACACCACCAUAUAAAAAACAGUUUAGGCCUUCGGAAGCAGCUACAUCAUUUGAUCAUGACACCAAUUAUAAAAUUGUAUAUUAGUAUUAAUAGUUUGCAUUACUGGCAUAUUACCAGUUUGCUUCUAGUCUCACUUAUUUUUUCUUUCUUUUUUAACCCACAUAAAUAGCUCUCCGAUUUCUUCUAAUGUGGAGGUGCUCUACCAACUUAGCAAUUAUCACUCUUUAACUUCAACUGAGUAUUUCAAUUCUAGAUAGGUUUUGUUACUAGUCCUCGCUAUUUUGGCUAAUAUGAUCUAUGUAAUGUAUAACAACCUUUAAUGCCCUGAA